AUGAGGACUGGGCGCAGCGACAUGGAGCCCUCCGCCUCCUUUCUGGGCUUCCCGGCCCUGCCCUCGGUCGCGCCGUCGGGGCCGCCGCCGUCGCCGCUCGCCAGAGCCGAGCCCGGGCCGGAGCCCGAGCGGGCGCCCGCGGGCCGCGGGGAGCCGGAGCCCGCACCGGGCCCGGGCCGGCGGCGGCGGCGGCCCCUGCAGCGCGGGAAGCCGCCCUACUCGUACAUCGCGCUCAUCGCCAUGGCGCUGGCGCACGCCCCGGGCCGCCGCCUCCCCCUGGCCGCCAUCUACCGCUUCAUCACCGAGCGCUUCGCCUUCUACCGCGACAGCCCGCGCAAGUGGCAGAACAGCAUCCGCCACAACCUCACGCUCAACGACUGCUUCGUCAAGGUGCCCCGCGAGCCGGGCAACCCGGGCAAAGGCAACUACUGGACGCUGGACCCGGCGGCCGCCCACAUGUUCGACAACGGCAGCUUCCUGCGGCGCCGCAAGCGCUUCAAGCGCGCGGAGCUGCCCGCGCCCCCGCCGCCCGCGCCGCCCGGCCCCUACGCGCCCUUCCCUCCCGGCCCCGGGCCCGCGCCGCCCGCGCGCCUCUUCGGCGUGGACAGCCUGGGGAGCCUGCCGCCCGAGCUGGCGGGGCUGGGCGCCCCGGAGCCGCCCUGCUGCGCCGCGCCCGACGCCGCCUUCCCGCCCUGCGCCGCCGCCUUCCCGCCGCUCUACGCGCCCGAGCGCCCGGGGCUGCCCCCGCGCCCCGCCGAGCCGCUGCUGGCCUUGGCCGGGCCGCCGGGAGCGCUGGGCCCGGGGGAGGCCUACCUGAGGCCGCCGGGCUACUUGCCGGGCCUGGAGCGCUACCUGUGAGCUCUUCCCCGCAGGCAGCGGCCGCCUGGAGACCCCCUUUCCCCCAGGACUGGGGCGCUGAGCUCCCCAACUUUGCCUCUUGGAUUGAGCACACCUGUUACCUCUUUCCAUGGGGAGAAUCCCACCGUCUCUCCACCGG